AUGUUGACAAUUCUCGUAGGUCCAACGGAGGAAGCUGGCCGACUAUUUGCAGAAGAAGGAGUACAUUUAGAUGAGGCUCCAAUAGUGCGACUGGAGUUUCAGAACAUUUUAAGGAUAGAUCACCUAUGGAUGCUUAAAUCUCUCACAAAAUUAACUCUAGCACAUAAUCUAAUAGAGAGAAUUGAAAACUUGGACCAGCUCAUCGGUUUAAACGAGCUAGAUUUAUCGUUUAAUAAAAUCGAAAAGAUUGAAAAUUUAGAUGCCCUGGUGAAUCUAGAGAUUUUAACAUUAUUCCAUAAUAAAAUAAGGAAGUUGGAAAAUAUGGAAGCCUUAGAGAAAUUGUUAGUUUUUAGCAUUGGAGAUAAUUUGAUUGAAGAUUAUAAAGAGAUGUCGUAUUUGAGGAAGUUUCGUAAGUUACGCUCGGUGAGCUUCAAAGGCAAUCCGUGCUGUGACGACCCCAUGGCCUAUCAGUUCUUGAAAUCAGCACUCGUCAGAGUGACGUUCCUUGACUACAAGAUCAUCACCGAAGAGGAAAGGGAAGACGGGAGAGUCUUAUUCAGGGGUUUACUCAGAAAGCUCGACGAGAUGGAUGAAAAGACGGAAAAAGAGAGACUCGCUAAAGAAGAAUACGAAGCGCGUGUGGAAUUCUAUGCGUUGUCUUUUGUUGAGUAUUUGAGUGGACCUGAGUUGCUCGAAUCCAUGUUUGAGAAAGACCCAGACGGCAGUCUGCUACUCCAAGUCGGUGGCGAGCUUAUAGGUUUUUAUGAGCAAUAUAAAGAACAAUACGUAGAAACAAUGGCCGGUUUGGUUGAAUUUGCUCAAGAGGCUUACAAUGUUCGCCAAAAUGAAAUCAAAUUAUUCAAGGAUCUUGUCCUAAAUGCCCUAGAAGAUAGUGUCAAGAAGAGCAAAGUGGUAGUCGAGAACUUUGAAGAAAAGAAAAAACCAUUGGUGACUACGCUGAAUGAAUUGAUCCAGAAGUUCACAUCGAAGCAAGCUACGAUAGAGCAACUAGAGCCGUUAUUGGUAGACCUCGGGGACGCGUUCAACGAUAUUUUGUACGAUCUCUGGAAGAAUCUUAUGACUAUAGAGAUGCAGCUCUAUGAACAAUGUGAGGAGUCGCGAGUCCAAUUUGCAGUAAACAUGACCGAAAUGAUCACAAAAUUAUUAGAAGUUUCUCGAAAUGCGUUUGGUGCGUGGCGAGAGAAUGAGGGCGUGUGGUCGAUGCGGCAAUUCGAAACGUUGUCCAAAUUACUCGGAAACAAGAUCAUGCUUGGUGACGCACCGCCUGAACUCUUUGAGGUGAUGAUGGAUAGGGAUAUGAUGAUGAAUCUCGUGGCACAAUCAUCAGACAAUCACUCACGUUUCAUUGACACCAGAGAGGACUUGCUUAUGACACGAGCUAAUAAAUGGCGUGACGACCUUGUUCAAGGUGCCAAUGACAAUGAGAUAAAACGCAACAGAGACAGAGUGCUGGAGAUCAAUUAUUUCAUAGAUAAUCAACGAGAAGAGUGGACAGACAUGCAGAUGAGACUCACAGAAACAGUGGAUCCUGAGACCGCAGCCUUAUUUGGAGAGGACUUUUAGUCUUCUACCUUCUUCUAGAUUAUAAUGACUUAUGA